AUGGCUCGCGACAUUCGACAUGCCCUCAGCCGAUUUCGAUUCACCCCCACCCUCGUUUGCAUUCUCCUUGCAUCGCUGGCCGACGCUCAGACAACGCAAUCACUCUCCCUCAACUCCCUCACGCCCGUCACCCCAGAUUCCUCCUCUCUGCUUUACCGACUGCCCUCUUCCUCCCAGCUCUCCGUCUCUGUUGCACAAUGCUCCGACUCAUCCCCACCAACCUUUUACAUCACAAACGACACCUCAAUAGCUGACCCUGGUCCAUCAUCUGGAGGCGACGUCUACCAAAUCAAUCUCAAAGAUGGCUACGGUAGCUGGACAGGAACGGCUCCCAAUGGCGCUGUACUAUCGGCCACCAACCUCGGACAAACACCCUUUGAGAUUGGCGUCACAGACUCUGAACCAAUGCACAGACUAGCCGAUGCUCUACCCUGGUUCGGCGACUCCACUUCCAACCAAGCGAUCAUCUUCUCUGCACCGUUCGCAGAUAUCCACAUCGACCAGCCUCAGUACCCAAACUAUACCCUUCCAGCAGCCAGCGCCUCCCUCCCCGACUCCCCUCCUUCCCUGACAAACUUCACGUUGGUAGUCGGCGACGCAUCACUGACAACAAUACCCCAGACAGGGUGCAGCCUAACGUCAGCUCAGACAGCCGGCAACAUCACGAGUCAGCAGCCCUGGGUCAGAGAUGAAGAUGGCUGGAGAUACCAAUGGCUCGUGAGCGAUCUCAACCCCAGUACCAAUUACACCAUGUACGUUAUCCAGAACGGAACACAAGUGAGCGGCCCCCUCAACUUCGUUACCAAGUCCUCUGAAUUCCCGUGCCCCCUUGCACACUCAAUACCAUGGUGCUCCAACGUAGCUUACGCCGUCCCACUGCCCCCAUCACCAGACCAAGACACCGCAUUCGCAUACACCUCCCAAAACCUCCCAGACAGCAUAUCCACCCCCUUGCUCUCCUACAUGACCAACUUCACCACCAUGCUCCUCACCUUCGGCUGCGGCCGCGACCUCUACUCGCCUAUCCAGACGUGCGCCAACUGCCAACGCGCAUACCACCGCUGGCUCUGCUCCACCUCCUUCCCUCGCUGCACCGAGCGAUCCCCUGCAGACACAGGCUCAAAUGAACCCAACGCUCCCGUCUCAGCACUCCUCCCCCAGCCCAGCGGAUCUCCAACAAGGAACCCUCUCUUUCCCAACGCUUCGUAUUCCUAUACGUCCCUCCUCCCCUGCCUCGAAACCUGCAACGCUGCGGACCGUUCAUGUCCGUACUUCCUUGGUUUCUCGUGUCCAACCCCGCAAUACGGCGCCAACAUGAGCUAUGGAGUGGGUUUCAUCGACAGCGGCGACGCAGGCGUCAUCGGCGAAGGCAUAACAGGCACAUCGCAGGAUCGAUGGGGCAAUGUAUGGUGCGGCGGCUAA